AUGGAACACAAUCCUCAUUUUAAUCAUGUCACUUUUUCGUUACCGUCGCCAUCUUUCAAAGUUUCCCGCCUUAUUUUCUUAUCUGGCACGUUCAAACCUUUCCUUCUCUUUCUCUUCUCACACAAAACAAAAAGUCUCAAGUACGAGGGUGAGGCCAACUAGUUGGGAUGUUUACAAUUACAAUAACAAGAUUUGUCACCUAGGUCGUACUGGUCAAGUCAAAGAAGCAAGGAAGUUGUUUGAUGAAAUGCGUCAAAGAGAUACUGUUUCUUAUGCUUCCAUGAUCACCGUCUAUUUAAAAAACAAUUGUUUGCCCAAAGCCGAAAAACUCUUUCUGGAAAUGCCUGAAAUAAACAUUGUUGCUGAAUCCGCAAUGAUCAGUGGGUAUGUUAAGGUGGGUCGAGUAGAUGAUGCGAGGAAAAUAUUUGAUCAGAUGUUGGAGAGGAAUGUUUACUCAUGGACUAGUUUGAUUUCGGGGUAUUUUAAAGUGGGACAAGUUGAUGAAGGCCGUAGGCUUUUUGAUCAAAUGCCGGAGAAAAAUGUGGUCUCAUGGACAACUGUGGUUUUGGGUUAUGCGCACAAUGGUUUGAUUGAUCAAGCUCGUGAUAUUUUUGACCAGAUGCCUGAGAGAAAUGUUGUAGCCUGGACGGCAAUGAUCAAGUCUUAUAUUGACAAUGCCCAAAUCAAUGAAGCUCUUAACCUCUUCCAUAAAAUGCCUGAAAAGAAUUUAUAUUCGUGGAACAUUAUGGUUUCAGGUUGUCUAAAUGCUAAAAGAGUUGAUGAAGCUUUUCAAUUUUUUAACUUAAUGCCUCAAAAGAAUGCAGUCUCAUGGACAACUAUGGUUACUGGUUUGGCAAGAAAUGGGAUGGCGAAACUUGCCAGGGAUUACUUCAAUCAGAUGCCUAAGAAAGACAUCGUAGCUUGGAAUGCAAUGAUCACAGCAUAUGUUGAUGAAGGGGACAUGGUUCAAGCUAGUGAGAUUUUCACUUUGAUGCCACAAAGAAAUAUUGCGACUUGGAAUGUGAUGAUUGAUGGGUAUGCAAGAAAUGGACUGGAGGGUGAAGCUUUAAAGCUGUUAAACCUAAUGCUUCAUUCUAGGUUUAUGCCUGACGAGACUACUAUCACUAGCGUAUUAACCUCUUGCCAGGGCAUGCUAGAGCUCACCCAAGCUCAUGCACUAGCUAUUCAUCUUGGUUUUGAUCAUGAGACCUCGCUGUCAAAUGCUCUUGUUACUAUGUAUUCUAGAAUUGGUGAUGUCAACUCUGCUAGGCUUGCAUUUGAAUAUCUUGAUGUCAAGGAUGUUGUGUCAUGGACUGCCAUGAUAUUAGCAUAUUCAAACCAUGGGUAUAGUUACCACGUUUUACCUGCCUUUGUACGCAUGCUAAAGGCAGGUGUCAAGCCAGAUGAAAUUACAUUUAUUGGAGUCUUAUCAGGUUGUAGUCAUGUUGGUCUUGUAGAGAAAGGUCAAAAGCUUUUUAAUUCUAUGAGUCAUGCUUAUGGUUUGAAACCAAGGGCCGAGCAUUAUUCAUGUCUCGUGGACAUCCUAGGUCGAGCAGGGCAAGUGGAGGAGGCCAUGAAGGUUGUUUGCCAAAUGCCUCCUGAUGAGUGUGAUGUUGCUGUUUUGGGGGCAUUGCUUGGUGCAUGCAGGUUACACGGGAAUGUAAGAAUAGCAGAUGAAAUUGGGGAGAAACUAAUAGAGCUGGAGCCAACUAGCUCUGGCUCAUACAUUCUAUUGGCUAAUGUAUACGCAGCAUGUGGGGAAUGGGAUGAGUUUGCGAAAGUAAGGAAAAAGAUGAAGGAGAAGAAUGUGAAGAAAGUUCCUGGUUUCAGUCAAAUUGAAGUAAAAGGCAAGAGUCAUCUAUUCUUUGUGGGGGACAGGUCUCAUCCCCAGGUUGAGGAGAUUUAUGGACUUCUGCGGCAGACUCUGUUACCCACAAUGAGGGACAUGGGUUAUAAACAAGAGAAACCAUCUUUAUCGGUAUAGUUCUCAAAGUACCAAAGCAAAUUGUGAGUCACUCGUAAUUCAUUUUAUUCAUAAAGAGGUUAAUAGAAUAUUCAAGAAAAUCUUGAAAGCCAUACAUUCUGAGGUUUGUAUUUUGCUCACUGGCACAUAUUCCAUUUAUGAUUUGGUCUUAAAAGUGGAAGUCUGUGCACCUUGAAUGUUAAUCCGAUUAUUUUAUUGCUUU